UAUAAGCCUUCAAACAAGUCUUCGCCGAAGUCGGAAACACCGCCACAAACCACGACCACCACUACCGCCCGCACCACCACUACUACCACUAAUAAGCCUCGAUCUCAACCGCCCACCCCUCCAGUGAACCGUAAGACCACACAAGCGCCUACCCCUCCGGCGACCCGUAAGACAACGACAGUGCGUCCAUCGCCACCCAAUUCCCUGAAAAUGUCUCCGAAACCGAUGCCAAAGUCGACGACAGCGCGGACGACACCAUCGCCGCCCAUGAAAUCCAAAUACAGUAACCAUAGGAUUAACUCUCUGUCGCGACCCAAGAACUCGUCGCCCGAUAGUGUCGACCAUCUCAUCAAACAGACGGAACCCGUCAUGAAAUUCAAGGAGAAGUUCCCGAACCACACGAAUGCCACUAAACUGGACGCGAAUUUCAUCAAAAACGGACAGUUGAGGGAAUUGCUGAAGAAGACUGAGGUGUAUAACGGCGGCCCCAGGACUGUGCCCGGCGUCAGGACCGGCGGUAUGUCACCCGUCAAGAGUGACAGUCAAAUGGGAUAUCAAAAUGGACAUUAUAGUAAUGGCAAUCAGUUGACAGAAGAGGAGGAAUUAAUGCAAUUAAAGUCGCGAAUAGAGGAAAUGUAUUUGAAUGGCAGCACAAAAUCCAAAUCCAAUGGCGUUGUGAUCAACGGCCUCACGAAUGGCAGGACUAAUCACUUCGAGGCCAACAGCGAGAGUACAACCCGUGGCAGCACUAGUGGCUCGAGUGCUGAGUCGUCUUCCAUACAUACGCCGCCCCGGGAUGCCAGGGAUAGGGCCAACUCGGCAUCGGACGGCACCCGAUCCCAGGCCUCGUCCGUCAAUGGCGGCGGUGGUACUGGGGUUCCCAAGUUCUGCCACCAGUGCGGCACUAAAUACCCGACCACUAUAGCUAAGUAUUGCUACGAAUGCGGCUCUAGAAGGCUGGGAACUGUCGGCCCUUUCAUAACACCUUAGGAUUCAAUUUUCUAUUAAUUAUCUUAUUCUUUAAGAAUAUUCUCUAAGAAUUGUCUUUUCAAUGUUUCUAU